UUAGAUCAUUUACCAAGUGCAGUGUAGAGGAAUUGGAUCUAACAAAGGGCUCUCUGAGGAAACUCUUCGCUGCGUUUUGGAAGAAUUAUCGUCGACAUACCGUCCAGAUCCCAAAGAGUGUACAACGAAAUAUUUUUUUUUUCUUUUCUUUUCCGUGUGCCUCUUCGUCUCCUGAAGGAAGUUAAGGAUCAAGUUAAAAGUGCUAGCGUUGCUUAUGGUAUAUGAAGGGCUCUUCAUAUAUCAGAAGAAAUGCAAGUAAAUCAAAAUAAACCCGGGAAGGAUCUCCAACAGGGUGGCGGUGAGAUGGAGGAUGCGUCGACGAAGGGCAUCUUCUACCGCCUGACCACGGGCCUGGGAACCGCUCUCAGACUGAUGACGUUGGAACCAGUGGUAUUCAUCGACGGGGCGUGUUACUGGUCCAUGACGGUGUUCAUGGAGGUCGUACAGAUGGAGAAGAUCUGCGCGAGUAAUUUCGGGUUCUCAAAGGAGGUGUGCGCCAACCUUUCUGCCUAUAACGAGGAGAAUCUCCAAGUGCAAAAACAGUUCAGCAUCUUUGCGUUUUACAAUAGCAUCUUCUUUUCGAUUUUCCCUCUUCUAUUCGUGCUUUUUAUGGGAGCUUGGAGUGACAAAUACGGGCGAAAAAUCCCUCUCCUGGUGACCGUGGGCUGCCACGUGUUCUGGUCGGGCGGCUACCUCCUCAACACGUGGCAGACGGCGUGGCCAGUCGAGAUCCUCUACUUUGUGACGUUCCUCGGCGCCGUGGGCGGGGGUCCCCAGGGCCUGCUGUCCUCCACCAUCGCCUACAUCAGCGACGUGACCUCCGUCAAGAGCCGGACGGGCCGCGUGAGCAACACGGUGUCGUCGUGGUACCUGGGCGGUCCCCUGGGCUUGCUGGUGGGCGCCGUGGCCAUCCAGAACGUGGGCGUCGAGCUGGCCCUCGCGCUCGUCUUCGCGUCCUACGUCAGCAUCUUCAUCUACAUCUUCUUCUUCAUCAAGGAGAGCCACGGGCCGUUCGCGGAGGUGAAGGGCGUCGAGGAAUCCCCGAUCAAGAAGGAGGACGUGACGAAGCUGCGCAUGCUCGUCGACCUCUUCAGCUGGCGGCGCGUCCUGGAGUCCUUCAAGACGGCGCUCAGGAAACGGGAAGGAAGCGCCAGGGUCAUCCUCAUAGCGCUCAUCGUCAGCAACAUGAUCCGCCGCGCAGCCAGAGGGUUCUACAUGUACAGUUUCGUCCGCCGCGCUUUAUCCUGGGACGCUACAGACUUCUCUUACUGGUCCUCUUACCGCAGUCUUGUCUCCGCCGUCGGGUCGCUCAUUCUGGUCCCAUUGCUUACGCGUCUCAUCUCCGUAUCCGACCCAAUGCUGAUCGUCAUCGGGUCUCUGUCAAUCAUUGGGGAAUACUGUUGCUAUGGCCUCAUCGGCGGGGUGGCCACGGGCUUCUACAUCUGGCUGGGUCCUCCUGCGGGUCUCAUCUCCAACGCCAGCAUCAUCGCGCAGAAGUCCAUGGCGACCAAGCUGGUGGCUUCGUCGGAAAAAGGUCGUGUUAGCGCUGUCAUGGCUGCUACCCAGAGCCUCAUGCCUAUGGUGGGCUACGCUAUGUACGCCCCCAUAUACCGUCAGACUGUGGAGAAAUUCCCAGCCGCCCAGUUCUUCUUCGGGGCUGGACUGGCCACUCUCAUCAUGAUCACUUUCCUGGUCAUCCAGUUAGCGAAUGUGUCUUACGAAAAGGAGCUAGCGGACGUCGAGAAGAAGAUACCCCAGAACGCGGACGACAACACGAUCCAGAUGAAACAGAAGCCGACCCCAGAAAAUCCGGCGAAGAAGGAAUCGACGCCCAAGACCGAUAAAAGGGAGAUAAAACCGCCCUUCGCCGACGAGCCUGUCCCGAACAGGACCCACGCGGGACACCACCCACAAAGACCUCACCCUCGACCUCCUACAGAAAGACCUCACCUUCGAUCCCUACAAAUACCUCACCUUCGACCUCCUACAGAUAGACCUCACCUUCGAUCCCCUACAAAUAGACCUCACUUCGACCUCCUACAGAUAGACCUCACCUUCGACCUCCUACAGAUAGACCUCACCUUCGAUCCCCUACAAAUAGACCUCACCUUCGACCUCCUACAGAUAGACCUCACCUUCGACCUCCUACAGAGAGACCUCACCUUCGACACCCUACAGAUAGACCUCACCUUCGACCCCCUACAGAUAGACCUCGCCCUUCGACCCACUACAGAUAGACCUCACCAUCGACCCCCUACAGAUAGACCUCACCUUCGACCCCUACAGAUAGACCUCACCUUCGACCCCCUACAGAUAGACCUCACCUUCGACCCCCUACAGAUAGACCUCACCUUCGACCCCCUACAAAUAGACCUCGCCCUUCGCCCCCUACAGAUAGACCUCACCUUCGACCCCCUACAAAUAGACCUCGCCCUUCGCCCCCUACAGAUAGACCUCGCCCUUGCCCUACAGAUAGACCUCACCUUCGACCCCCUACAGAUAGACCUUACCCUAGACCCUUUACUAAAUGACACAGACUACUUCCACAACUUCUCUGCUGUCGCAGUUCUGAUCACUUACGCAUCCGUACCAUCUGCGGAGGAGAGUUACUCACCGCCCACCAUCUGCAGCAAGCGCCUACGUGGAGUUAACGAGCCCGAGUGUUAUAAACCCUUGCUUGAACCACCAGCCACGUAA